AGGAGAGUUUCGCUUGUGGAUUUCAUCUCUCUCUCAAACCAGUCAAACGAAUUCCAUAAUUUUGCUCAUUCAAGGUAAAAGAAUAGCGUAAAGAGUUUUCGCUUGUUGAUUACUUUAUCCACACCCAUAUCACCAAUUCCGACCCAUCCCCUUCAAUUCCGCCACUUCCCAAAAAGACAAAACCCAAUCUUCCAUUUCCCCUUUUCAUUUCGCUCAGUUUCAGUCCAACUGCAGCAACUUCAAAUCAUCGAUCAAGUUCACACCUUUACCCACGCCAUUUCCUAUUUGAAAUGCUAGUGAUGCGAUGUCGAUUAUCUGCGGCUUGCCUCUUCUCGAGUGCGUAUACUGCAUAGGAUGCGCGAGAUGGGCUUGGAAGCGGUGUUUGUACACCGCUGGCCACGACAGCGAGUCAUGGGGCCUCGCUACUCCCGAAGAGUUCGAGCCCGUUCCAAGGCUCUGCCGUUACAUUCUCGCCGUCUACGAGGAUGAUCUCCGCCGCCCCCUCUGGGAGCCGCCGAGGGGCUACGGAAUCGACCCCGAUUGCAUAGUUGUCAGGAAGAAUUACGACGAUACGCGCGGCCAAGCGCCUCCCUAUUUGAUAUACCUUGAUCAUCAUCACUCUGAUAUAGUUCUUGCUGUAAGAGGGCUUAAUCUAGCUAAGGAAAGUGAUUAUGCGGUUUUGAUGGAUAAUAAGCUGGGGAAGAGGAAAUUUGAUGGAGGGUAUGUGCACAAUGGGCUGCUCAAGGCGGCUGGCUGUGUUCUGAAUGCUGAGUGUGAUGUUUUAAGGGAUCUUCUGGAGAGGUAUCCGAGUUAUACGCUGACAUUCACGGGGCAUUCGCUAGGGUCUGGUGUGGCGGCGCUGCUGACUGUGGUGGUGGUGCAGAAUCGCCAUAGGUUUGGGGGUGUGGAGAGAUCGAGGGUCAGGUGCUAUGCGAUUGCACCGGCUAGAUGUAUGUCGCUUAAUUUGGCUGUCAGAUAUGCUGAUGUUAUUAACUCUGUUGUUCUUCAGGAUGAUUUUUUGCCUCGGACAGCCACUCCACUGGAAGAUAUAUUCAAGUCGCUUUUCUGUUUACCGUGCUUGUUGUGCCUAAGAUGCUUGGGAGAUACAUGCAUACCCGAGGACAAGAUGCUAAAAGAUCCAAGAAGGUUGUAUGCACCGGGUCGCCUCUAUCACAUUGUUGAGAGAAAACCUUUCAGGUGUGGAAGAUUUCCUCCAGUUGUGAAGACAGCAGUGCCCGUGGAUGGAAGAUUCGAGCAUAUAGUUCUGUCCUGUAAUGCCACCUCCGAUCAUGCUAUCAUUUGGAUAGAGAGAGAAGCUGAAAGGGCUCUGGAAUUAUUGCAAGAGAAAGAUGAUGCAUUGGAGAUUCCAGCGCGUCAAAGAAUGGAGAGACGGGAGUCGUUAGCCAAGGAUCAUGGUGAUGAGUACCGGUCUGCUCUACGCAGAGCUGUUACUUUAGCUGUUCCACAUGCCUUUUCACCGUCUCAAUACGGAACCUUUGAUGAAAGGGAGGAUGUGGAUUCGCAGCAAUCGUUAGGAGAUAGUUCGACAGGGUCAUCUUCCCAAAGCAAGAGUCGGGAGAGCUGGGACGAGCUGAUCGAGCGUCUGUUUGAGAGGGACGAGUCUGGUCACAUGCUGCUGAGGAAAUCACUUAUUGGUUGAGUGCUAUAUGUAUGUUAUGAAGGCAUCAUUCUUUUAUUCAAUAUUCUUUGUAUGAUUAUGUAGUCUCUUUUUUAUGUGUGUGAAUAUCAGUUUCAAGAAAAUCCAAACUGCAAUUCAAAAGUAUUGAAUUUUAAAUCUAAUA